AUGCCUUGGUUCUCACCACUACGCCAUUCCUUUUUGACCCUAUUUCCCAUAUGGAUGAUGUCUGGAACGGUAGAAGUACUUAUCGAUGCAAUUGUUAAGUUUGCAGGGGAAAUGGAGGAUUUAAAGGAACACAGAGUGAGGAUAUAUGAGAUUGCAAAUGCACCGCGUGAUAUAUUUUUCUUGUGGGGAGGACAAUGGGGGGAAUUGGAGACUGAUGAGGCAGCAAGUGCUGCAGCUCAAUUCUUGACUGAUGAUACAUAG